UCACAAUAUUCUACAGCCUUGGACACAUCCAACAUCAUGGUGAAGAAGCAGGUGUUUGAGCUCCUCGCAGCCCUCAGCAUCUUCUCUGCGGAGGGCCACCGUCUGGCUCUGGAUGCUCUGGAUCAUUACAAGGGCUUGAAGACGCAGCAGUAUCGCUUCAGCGUCAUCAUGAACGAGCUGCAGGCCACAGAUAACGUCCCGUACAUGGUCACACUCCUCAGUGUCAUCAACGCGCUCAUCUUCAGCACAGAUGACCUGAGGCGCAGAGAUAAAAUGAGAAAGGAGUUCAUUGGCCUCCAGCUACUUGACAUCCUGCCAAAAUUAAGGGAGCAAGAGGAUGAAGACUUGAUUAUUCAAUGUGAAGCUUUCGAGGAGGCAAUGGCUGAGGAUGAGGAAGAGCUGCUGCGGCUGUACGGCGGCAUUGAUAUGAGUAAUCACCAGGAGGUUUUCACCGCGCUCUUCAACAAGGUGAGCAGCUCUCCUGCCUCCCUCCAGCUGCUCUCCGUCCUGCAGUCCAUGCUGUUGCUCGGGCCGGGCCGCACCGAUAUCUGGCUGGCUCUGGACUCCAUCGCCAGCAGAGCUAUACUCCUCGCUCAGGACUCUCAGAUGGAGUCCUGUGAGAAGAUCAUGAAGCGGCUGAUGUUUUACAAGGGGAGGAGCUGUGGAGAGCAUCACGAAAUAGACGGACUUGUCCUGAAGGUGGAUAAGGCUGUGCAGACCGGUCUGGACCAAGAGGACGGAGAUAAGCCAGACACGAAAGCGGCAUCCCCUCAGAAGCCUCAGUGUGCCUCUCCUCCCCCGCCACCACCACCACCUCCUCCUCCCCCACCACUACCUGGAGGGCUGGGUGGACCCCCACCUCCUCCACCACCACCUCCCAUGCCUGGAAUGCCUCCACCACCCCCACCGCUACCUUGUGGUCCAGGCAUGCCUCCCCCUCCUCCGCCGCUACCAGGAAUGGGUGGGGCCCCUCCCCCUCCUCCAUUACCCGGGAUGCCUCCUCCUCCACCUCCUCCCCCCGGCAUGAUAGUGCCCCAGAGUAGCCAUGCCCUGGGGUGCAGCACGCCGGCUAAGGCGAGCAGAUGUCCCACCCUGAAGAUGAAGAAGCUCAACUGGCAGAAACUUCGCUCUGUCACUGAUGGUCAGUCCAUGUGGGCGUCGGUUCAGAAAGAACCGCCUCCUCAUGAACCGAACUACGGCAGCAUCGAGGAGCUCUUCUGCCUGCCGGUGAUUGAGCCCAAAGACAAGGCAGCAGCUGCUCCCGUGAAGAAGGAACGGAAAGAGAUUACGUUCAUCGAUCCAAAGAAAAACCUGAAUAUGAACAUAUUCCUGAAGCAGUUCAAAUGCACCAACGAGGAGUUUGCAGCCAUGAUCCAGAAUGGAGACCGGAGCAGGUUUGAUGUAGAGGCACUGAAGCAGCUUGUGAAGCUCCUACCAGAGAAGCAUGAGAUUGAGAAUUUGAAGUCCUUCCAGGGAGAAAAAGACAAGCUGGCGAAUGUGGAUCGCUUUUACACCUCCCUGCUUAAUAUACCGUGCUAUAAGCUCAGAAUUGAAUGCAUGUUGCUGUGCGAGGAGACGGCGUCGCUGCUGGAGAUGCUCAGGCCUAAAGUGAAGCUGGUGGAGGAGGCCUGCCACUCUCUCAAGAUAAGUGCGCUGUUACCCAGUUUCUGCAGACUCAUCCUCGACGUUGGAAAUUUCCUCAACUAUGGAAGCCACACAGGGAAUGCUGAGGGCUUUAAGAUCAGCUCUCUGCUCAAGUUAACGGAGACGAAGGCCAACAAGAGCCGCAUCACGCUGCUUCAUCACAUCCUGGAGGAAGCAGAGGCGAACCACCAGGAGCUGCUGGCUCUGCCUGAUGAAAUAGAGAUAUGUCAGAAAGCAGCCGGGGUCAAUUUGGACUCGAUGCAGUCGGAGACCGGGGCUUUGCUUAAACAGCUUAAUGACGCUGCCAAGAAAGUGUCCAACUCUUUGGAUGAGGUCAAGGAGCAAUACUCGAAAAUCCUCGAGGAAAACCUAAAGGCGUGUGAAAGUUUAAGUGAAAAGUUCACAGAGAUCGAGAAGAUGAGGAGCGAUCUGGCUGUCUACUUGUGCGAAGACGUGGGUCAACUGUCACUCGAGGAGCUCUUCGGAACCAUCAGAACUUUCAGAGAACUUUUCAUCAAGGCCCUGAAGGAAAACAAAAUGAGGAAGGAACAAGCUGCCAAGGCUGAGAAGAGAAAGAAGCAGCUGGCAGAAGACGAAUCCAAGAGACAGAAGGGAGAAAAUGGAAAAAUAAUAAAGAAAGGCAUCAUUCCGCAAGACGAUGGCUGCAUCAUCGACCACCUCUUGGCGGACAUCAGGAAAGGUUUCAGCCUGAGAAAGACCCGGCCAAGGUGCGAUUCGGAAAGCCUCUCUAGUGAAAUGCGUAGAGAUACCCGCCCGCCUGGUUCAGGUGUGAAAUGUGCCGACGAAGGAGCCGCCACCUCCGCUCCCACCAAGCCUCAGACAGAGGAUCGCCAGCAUCUCGGAGGCGAAGUGAACGGCUUCAUCAGCCCUUCAGAAGAGACUGCACAAGCUCCUCUGCUCAGUGCAGCCCAAGAGGGGACAGCGGUGCCUCCCAACCCACCCCCAGGAGAGCCAGCCAUAAUGACGCAGACGGCUCCGGAAAGGCCGGCGUCGCUGCAGGAUGGUCCGGGCCCAGAAAAACCUGCAACCUCGGUGCUAGACACGAAAUCACCUCAGGUUGACGUUCAACCAAGUCUUCAUACGAACAGCUUUUCUUUGGAUUCAGCAGAGACCAGCGUCCUCAGUCCGUCGUCCCUCUCAGAUUCAGACCUGCUAGAGGCCGUGCUGGACGGCGCGUCGAGUCUCGUCCCCGACGUCUCGGACGAGUCGGGCAUUUGCAAAAGCAUCGAUGUCCAAGAAGGUUCAUCUAUUACAGACGAUGUUAAAUGUAGUGAAAGCACAAAAGGUGAUCACGAAAUAAGCAAUUUAUCAGAAGCAAGUGGACAAAAAGCGGGUGAAGAAAAGGAAUAUGUUACCGUCAGAGAAUGCGGGGAGGAUGAAGUUGGGAGUAAGAAACCCUCUGAGCCUAAAACAAACGUGGUCGCGCUCGAUGAGGGCAUCAGCGGGUGCGACGUCCCGGAUGGGCAGGAGCCGGAAGAUCUGCCGUCGGUUUCUGACGAGGUGUCCGCCUCGGUUGCAACCGAACCAAAGAAACAGCUGAAGCUCUUUAGACGAAGCAAAAAAAGGAGUAAACAAGGUAAUCCAUUCAUUCACUUCAAUAAAGAUCACACUUGGAAUGGCAGUAUCUCAAUGUUUCUUAAAAGGGAGGUCAUCUUUUGUGCUGCUUUUAUUUCAGUUGAUGUUUUAUAUAAUACUAUAUUUUAGUGAAUUUUUAAAUGAGCAAUUCUGCAUGAACUGGUUCAUUUUUUUUUUUUAAGAAAAAGUAAGAGUGCGAAUAUGAAAUACUAAAUGGAUUUUAACUCUCUGGUCAGUCUGUUUUGAAUCCUCUGUUUUUCAUUUUGACUCUCUGAAACACAAGGUAACAGUGGGAAAAGUGGGAAAGGACACACUAAACAUAAAUCAGGCUGUGUGUUGCAGUGAGGUAGGUCAAAUCGAGCCGGUGCCAGACUGUAAUCAGGAUAAUCCUAACGAACUCAAUCAUCGUCAGAGCUCUGUGCCAAUAACACGUCAUCUGUCGGUCUAACUUGAAUCUGGAACUUUUAUUUUUAUUUCAUCUGUCUGUGUCAUCUGACUUUUUUUAAUGCUUGCUCUCUUUAACACCCCUCAAACUCCAGUGGUUGGUUAUGCUGAAAUCUUUCCUCAAGGUUAUUCUAAUGCCGAUCAAAGCCGGCGGAAGCAAAAACCUCCCCUACACUACCAUGCACAGCAAUUAACCCGGAUCUGAUCUCGGUCGGCCUUGCAGUGUGAAAGUCGCUGUGACGUGUUGUCGACUGAGUUUCACCAUGAAAUCUGUCACUUUUGUGUCCUCCGUCCAUAUUUAACUGUCCAUCCUCUGAACCUGCAAAUGGGACUGUCUAUAAACAGCCUCCAUGUGCUUUCUGUAAACUUCGCUCUGUGCUUUGAAUUCAAUGAAAACGAAUGAAAAAUGUGUUCAAACCUGAUUAUAUAAACUGUUUUUAAUCUGUAAAUUAUUUUCUAAAUAUAUUAAAAUAUUUUUUAAGUUAU